AUGAAAACUGUUGUGCUUCUGCUCGCUUUCGGCAUUCCGAUCGUUAAGGCUCUCUCAUUCUACACACGGCAUCGGAAAACAGAAUGUGGAGCACUAUUAGACACAGAAGGCAGCUACACUCUACCAAAAAACGACCAGUGCUCACUCAAAGUCGCAGUGCCCGAAAAAAGCGCUGUACAGAUUACUGUAUCAGGCAAAGCAUUCAAAUGUAAACGACAUUUGAAGGAUCUUAUGAUAGAGUCGAUGGAGACGAAAAUGAUUUCCUUUCCGUGUUUUCAACGAGAUGCGGCUGCUUUAUUCAUUGGUGAUCAACGCAAAUACAUUAUUCAUACGAAAAAUCUACCGUCUGCGUCUCACAUUGGAAUUGCUUAUUACAAGACCCAGUACGAAUGCGGUGAUGUAGUACCAUUUGACGUCGUUGGCAUGGACUUAACAGUAAAAUAUUCCUACACAGAAAACUCUCUCUGCAGUGUGAUCCUUCCAGGCAGAACGCGAGCUGUAAUUAGUAGAGUUGAUGGAGCAAAUACGGCUUCCGUUUCACUGAACUUUACGCUGUUGGCCGUUUAUCAGUUUGCAAGAAAUCUGUUUUUUGGUGUGUCUAUGUAUAAGCCAUGUGUCACUAUGGUGAAUACGAUCACUUGUAAAUUACACGAGUUUCCACUUCUGUUCUGCUACAUUCAUGGUGCUGUUACGAUUUGCAUUGUAUCGAUCCAAACAACGACUCGUAUGAGAGCAAAUCACCGUUCAUUCCGAUGGACAUCAACGUGUUCCGUGUGGCAAAGCGCGGUGAUCGUUAUCUGUAUAGCUGGUACGCUGGUAUUCACUGCAUUCGAUCAUGAUAUUGAGCCGGAAAACAUGUCUCAGUGUUCGAUUCUAAUGGCACUUCGUGAUCGAGAUCUUGCCUUCUGCCUGUUGACAAUGCUUAUCUUGCUUCAUGCUGCUGCUGCCAUCAUCGUCACCUUGUCUGCCCGCCGACGUGCGAACAAGAUAACCGCAGCCUCAUAUGUAACGAUAUCGCUCAAGGACGUGAUUACGUUGGAAACCAUAAUGUGGCACUGUUCUUUGUUCUUCUCUGGUUGUCUUGUUCUUUAUCGACAUGUAGUCACAGAUUCUUGUGAUGAGUGUAUUAUGGUCGCCCUGGAAUUGUCUUUCAAUAUUCUGCCGCUUGUUGUAGCCUUUCUUCAUCCCAUGCUGAUCAUUUGGUGA